AAAUAGCUUGCUAGCUAGCUAUGGUGCGCUUUGUAUCAUAGAGGCUAGAAGAAUACGCACCCCAUUUAGCUGGGGGUGCGUAUUGUACCAUUGAUCCCAGUUGCCCAUAUCAUGGACUACUCCAGCCUGCCCCCAGAAGUCCACCAGAAGCUCGCAGAUCUCGAACUUGAACUCGAAGAAGGCAAGUCACACACAUACCUCACACAGUAGUCAAUCCAGUGUCCUCUUUACAGGCGAUAUCACACAGAAAGGCUACGAAAAGAGGAAAGCAAAGCUACUAGAGCCAUACCAAUCUGGCGGCGGCAACAGUUUUCACUCGGAAUCGUCAGUGGCGGACCCAGGGAUUGUCAAUCAAGGGGGGCGUGUUAGGCUCCCGAGAAUGUGACGUCAUGAAACGACAAAAUGCGGAAUUAUUGAUUUAUUACUGAAUAACAGAGUCGAAAAACAUAGAAACAUGAUUACAUUACUAUGCACAGUUGGAACAAAUAGACAGACAGACAGGGUGAGUAAGGUGAUGCAAUGUUACUGAACAAGAAUACUUACGUUUGUGUUCCAUUUUAAUUGAACGUUUCUGUAGACCUGGUCUGCCUGGCUCAACAGCAACUGGUCGUGGCAUCAUGUCGAUCACAGGACUCAGUUAUGGAGUCGUUCGAGUAGAAGAGGAGAACUCGAUGUCGUCUCUGACUUUACAAGACUGUGGCACAGUACUUCCAGGAGCAAAAGUUGCCAUAGUGAAGCUGGAAGGUCCUCCCUAUUUGUGCCAAACAGACGAAGUCGGGGAGCUCUGCGUGAGUUCACAAUACACGGGAACAAGCUAUUGGGGUCUGGCUGGAAAGUCAACGAAUGUGUUCAAGGUUCAAUGGCUAGCUUCAAAUGGCCAGCCGCAUUCGAUGAGUUUGUAUGUUCAAACGGGAUUGCUUGGAUUUCUUGGAGGGGGAGGUCUUAUUUUCAUUUGUGGUCGUUUGGAUGGUCUGAUGAAAGUCCAAGGUCAUCGACACAAUACGGUUUGUCGAGUAUUAAUACGAGUAUUAAUUUCGUUUUCCUUCAUCAUCUCUUGCACUCUUUGCCAGCUUGUUCACCCCAAUGGCCAAAAUGUUGGAAAACAAGAGGAAUGACCAAUGGGCAGGACCCUUCUGGCUGCAGCUCAGAAUUAUACUUUGCCUCUUUCUUCUCCUCCCGUUUCAUUGCUGCUACUCCUUCUUCUCUGGAGGCUGCCUUCACCGAGUCCAAACACCAUGGAUGAGCCAACGACACAUCUAAUUCAACGUCUGCACCUGAAUCUGGGUAAAAAACGAGGAUGUCCGACCUCUUGUCACUGUUGACAUACCGGUAUUGUGGCUCUGGUUUGUGUGGCAAGUUGAGUUGAAAAAGGCAGUUAGACCAUGCUGACACAAUUGAGUUGUGAGUGUGCACUGGACCACCCCCAGUCUUACAAGUGAUUAGAUGGUAUCCUUGGAUGUCCAGUUCCUUGUCACAAUUACAACUGCUCAAUGUCUGUCUGUAAAUAUGUAUGUCCGUCUGUCUGUGUGUCUGUCUGUCCGUCUGUCUGUUUGUCUGUCUGUCAAUACAGCUGCUUUAAAUAUCAGCCCAAUGCACUAAGAAUUAACAUUCCAACAACUGUCCGUCACACAUGAUCGAGAGUCAGACUUAGUUAUUGCCGUCUCCUGCAAGAUGAGAUUUCAUCGGCAUCUAAUCCACAUAUCAUGUGACUGGCAACAAAUCAAAUCUCACAGAUCCACAAGUCACAAGAAAAGAAUACAAAUCAAGUGUGUGUGUGUGUGUGUGUGUGUGUGUGUGUGUGUGUGUGUGUGUGUGUGUGUGUGUGUGUGUGUGUGUGUGUGUGUGUGUGUGUGUGUGACUCGCAUAAUUUCCUUAAGCAAGAAACUAACACACAUUUGCUUCUCUCAACUAAGGAGUAUAAAUGAGUAUCUGGUCAUUGACAGGGGUCCUAAGCGGCCAUCAGCUGUGAUGUCAAC